AUGCAGGAGAUCCACGGUUUUCGUGUGCUGCCUGUCACCUAUGAUGAGGGUGUGCAGCACUAUAUGUAUAUACGCGCACAUGUGAGCGCGCAGCAAGAUACCAAGUACCCUGCUGGGCGCACGCUCUUUGUCGUGAAUAUCCCACCAGACGCGACGCAGCAAGCUAUGCGGGACUUGUUCCGCAAGGCCGGCACGGUCGAGGCCGUCGACGUGCGCCGUGCGAGUGACGAAGAGCAGCCGCCUGCGGAUGGACCGCCAGCCGUCGAGCCGCUACCGCCGAUGGAGCCUGCUGAUGCCUAUGUAGCGACAUGUUCGAACGCACAUGUCGUCUUUCUGGAUGCAUCGUCAUUGGAUCGCGCUCUCAAGUUGCCUGCUCGUUUUCAGACCAAGCCGUACAAGUGGCAGUGCGAGCGAAUGCAAGGACUGUCGUACUUGAUCGAACGGUACCGCCGGCACCGACCGCCCCACGAGGCGGUCAAGAAGCACGUCGAUACAGCCGUGGCGAGGUACUCUUGGAUUCGAGCGCAUCCUCAGUGGCUGAUGGAACAGCGUGCGCGAGGAGAUACGACGACGAGUGUGGGUGUGGGUAUCAAGGCCGCGGGUGUCGGAGAAAAUGGCGAGCUGCUGGACGAGGAUGGCUUUGUGAUCGUGCAGCGCGGCAACAAGUAUGGUCGGUCGGGAGGCGAGGACAAUACGUUUGGCGCCAUGACACCGGCGUUUGAAGAGGAGCUGCGGCAGCAUCCAGAAAAGAAAAAGGCGCGGGAACUGGAAGAUUUUUACCGGUUUCAGUUCCGCGAGAAGAAGCGGCAGCAGUUUGCUUCGCUGCGUGCGCAGUUCGAAGCAGACAAGCAAAAGAUUGCGCAGCGCAAAGCCUCAGUCCGUUUCAAGCCUUAUUGA